UAGGGGCUCUGCUGGGGCUCCUGCUCACACACAGCCUGCCUCUCUCCCUCUGCUCCGCAGAGAGCUCAGCUCCAAAGGGCCACAGGGACGGGAAGAGAUAGAAGCAUGCAGGCCACGCUGCUCAGCCUCCUGGGGCUGGCCUUGUUUAGUGUUCUCCAUGGGCAGGAGGAAGUCACCGUACAACCCGACUUUCAGCAGGAGAAGUUCACAGGGAAGUGGUAUAGCAUCGGCCUGGCCUCCAGUUCCAGGUGGUUCAUGGAGAAGAAGCAGGUGCUGAAGAUGUGCACCACGGUCAUCACGCCCACAGCAGAUGGGAACCUGAAUGUCACCUCCACCUACCCCAAGUUUGAUCGGUGCGAGAAGAGGAACAGCCUUUACAUCAAGACAGAGCAGCCAGGCCGAUUCAGCUACACCAGCCCACGCUGGGGCAGCCAGCACGACAUCCGUGUGGUGGAGACCAACUAUGACGAGUAUGCCCUGCUGCACGCCAAGAAGUUCAAGGGCACCGACACCUCCACCAUGGUGACUCUGUACGGCAGAACUACGGAGCUGAACCCCAAACUACAGGAGAAGUUCACCCAGUUCUCCUUGGCGCAGGGGCUCCCAGAAGACGCUAUUCUCCUGCUGCCAAAAACUGACAAAUGCAUGACGGAGGCUGCAUAGGCAGAGGUUGCGAGAUACCGUUCCAGGUUUCCUUCAGAGAGAAAGUGACAUGCUGACCUGCCGGCGCAGAUCCUCCCCGCAUAGAUGUAGCCAUCUCUGCUCUGCAGCCUUGUGUGCUACUGGGCUAGUGCUUCUGUGUAUAACAGCCCCUCCUGCCCAAAGUAAAACCGAGACGUAAAACACCA